AUGAAGUUCACUUACGCUGUCGCUGCUCUCGUCGCUGCCGCUGCUUCCGUCCAGGCCACCGAGACCAACGCCCAACGCUUGGCUCGCGGUCUCAGCCCGCUCCCUCCCCGCAACUAUCACCGUCGCCACGCGCCUUCCCGCACUGAGGUUGCCAAGCGCGCGACCCCUUCUGGCACCCCUUCCGAGGGUGACGGCAAUUGCAACACCGGCCCCGUCCAAUGCUGCAACCAGGUCUCAAAGGCAAACAACAACGUUGUCGCCGCGAUUCUCGGUCUCCUCGGCCUUGGGGGCAUCGCCGACGACAUCCUUGUCGGUGUGCAGUGUUCGCCGCUCAGUGUCGUGGGCGUCGGCGCUGGGUCCACUUGCUCUCAGCGCCCCGUCUGCUGUGAGAACAACAGCCAUGGCGGUCUGAUCUCCAUCGGCUGCAUUCCGAGUACGUGA